AUGGAGGAGAGCUACGAGUAUCAAGACAGUGGGCGUCACCAACGGCUUGGGUUCUGGCUAUUGCCAUUCAACAAAGCCGCCGCUGCCCUGGUGAGCUGCCAUCCACAUAACCUCGAGCGGUACUCCUACGACCAAGACACCAAAGGCAUCUGGAUAGACUUUUCGAACCCCGAAAAACAGGAAUACACCGUUGGCUGCAGUAACUCUGUCGACAUCUACCUCCCACAGGUCUGGAACUCGACUGGUUCGUCAGGCAUAUCAGAACGGCACGCCUCUUUUAGUGCCGUCACAGACACUGGUCCUAUCCUCCUUUGCGACGAGUCCGAGUACCUCUCUACAGAGCCCUUCUCCCACGGCAGUCAUUCAUACACGGUGAACUUUCGACGGGAAGGCGAACGAUCAGUCUUGGUGGCCCAAGGGAUCAACUCACUGGUAGCUUUUGGCCAUGGCAGGUUCUAUCAGUUUGAGCUACGGUGGGAAAAUGAUGGUCUUGAUGAGUUUCGCAUGGCACCACCGGUUCUCUACGCUUUGGGUCCAAGCCGUACCAAGGCAAAGAGGUAUGUGCUAGGGGCAAAGGUAGGAGGAGGCACAUUCGGAAACGUCUACCGCGCUAUGGAUGUCACCACCGGGAGUGUCAUGGCAGUCAAGAAAUGCCAUCGUCUGACCAGCAAACGUCUCGACUUUGCCUCGAGGGAGAUCGCCACCCUUCUUAAGAUCAACAGCACCGACGAGUCAACACCAUGUGACCACAUCAUCCAAAUCCUCGGUUACACGACCGGCCCCGACUGGGCCGAGAUCUACCUCCCCCUUAAAUCAGGCAACCUCAAAACCCUCGUUUCAAAGAUCCUCCCUCCCUCUUCCCAUUUCCACGUCUCCAACCUUGUCCUCCACCAAAUGCUCCUCGCUCUUCAUCACCUCGACCAACACAACAUCAUCCACCGUGAUCUCAACCCCGAAAACAUCCUCUGGGAGCACUCCCCUUUCGGAACAGGAGACUACCACUUCACCCUAGCCGAUUUCGGCCUCUCCAUGUGCACCUCCUCCCAAGCUCCCCGAGCCAAAGAAGUAGCCGGCACAACACCCUUCAUGGCCCCCGAGAUGUACCACACACCACUGAAACAACAAACGUCCAAGGUAGACAUCUGGUCGCUAUUCGCCACGGUCGUGUGGGUGCGUGACAGGCGCUUUCGAAAGGGGUGUGAGCUGGUAGGACCGCAUUUGGUGCAUGUAUGGCUGAAUAGGAUUGCGGGAGACAAGAAGGGUGGGGAGGGAGGAUAUGAGGCAAUUAGGAGGAUGGCGUGCUUUGAUCCGGGGAGGAGGCCGUCGGCUGAGGAGCAGUUGGAGAUUUUGGAGAUGGUGGAGAUGGAGGAGGAGAUGCCGUAUUAUUGGCAAGAUAAACCGCCGCCUAUGACCGGGGCGAUCGGGGAAUUAUGGAUGGGAUGGGACUGGUGACGCAUGGUCUAAUGAGGGAUAUGCGCUUCCCAUGGAAGUACCGUGGGAUCAAGAGGGAUGGAUGCCAGGCUAUGAUGGCC